UAAAAAGGGAUCAUUUUUCUGAGCUUCUCCCUCUGAUAAUGGCACCCAAUAACUCGGUGAAAGUAGUUGAGGUUUUCCGGGUGUCACCGCCACCAAGCUCACCAGACUCAGGCAGCCCAAGGUCUCUUCCUCUCACCUUGUUUGACUUAAUCUGGCUAAGAUUCCCCCCAGUCCAGCGAGUUUUCUUCUAUGAAAUCUCUCCUACUAACGCACCCUUCUUGGAUUCCAUUCUUCCAAACCUCAAACACUCACUCUCCCUCACCCUCCAACACUAUCUCCCUCUUGCCGGAACACUCACUUGGCCUAAGGAUUCCCACAAACCCAUCAUCAAUUACACAGAGGGAGAUUCAGUUUCCUUCACUCUUGCCGAGUCCAGCGCCGAUUUCUACCAUCUCUCAGGGAACGACUUUGUUGAAGCAGAGGAAUACCAUCCCCUCGUACCCCAUUUGCCAACAUCCCAUGAACAAGCCCAGGUGUUGGCGUUGCAACUCACAAUGUUCUCAAACUGCGGCUUUUGCGUUGGAAUCACCGCACACCACGCUGUUCUCGACGGCAAAAGUUCAACCAUGUUUAUGAAAUCAUGGGCCUACUUGUGCAAACAAGGAGGAGACGGUUUGUCGUCCAUGCCACCGGAGCUAACACCAUCCUUCGACAGGACGGUUGUCAAGGACCCGGCUGGGCUGGAGGGAAUCUUCCUGAACCAGUGGAUGAACCAUGAUGGCCCAAACAACAGGAGCCUGAUGGUAUGGGAACUAAAAGCUCCACCGGAUCUCGUACGAGGCACAUUCCUGUUGACUCGUCCAAAACUGCAAAAGCUCAGGCAAUUGAUAACCACCGCGGUGGAGGAGAGGAAUGAACAAACACAACCACUUCACUUAUCAACGUUUGCAAUAACAUGUGCCUACACGUGGGUUUGUCUAGCCAAGGCAGAAGGAGUAAUGGACACCAAAUUCCUUCUUGUCAUUACCGUGGACGCCAGAAGUCGAUUAGAGGCUCCUAUCCCCGGGACUUAUUUUGGAAAUUGCAUAUCGGGUCGUGCGGUGGUUGCGGAGAGAAAUGAGCUAUUGGGGGAAGAGGGGGUGGCUGUGGCCAUAAAUGCUAUCAGCGAAACUGUAAAAAGUUUGGAUGAUGGGGUUCUAAGGGGGGCUGAAAACAAUCUGCCGAUGAUAUUCGCUUUAAAGACUGAUAGAUUGGUUGGAAUUGCCGGGUCACCUCGGUUUGAGCUUUACAAUACUGAUUUUGGGUGGGGAAGGCCAAGAAAGGUGGAGAUGAUAUCCAUAGCUAAAACAGGAGCUAUAUGUCUUACGGAUAGUAGAGAUGGCGCUGGAGGAAUAGAAGUAGGAUUGUUUUUGAAGAAACAUGAAAUGGAAGUGUUUGCUUCAUUGUUUUUCAGUGGUCUUGAAGCCCUGUAAAGCCGCAUUCCUUGCUUGGUUAUGUAUGUUCAAAAAAAUAAGUAUUUAGUAAAAUUAUCUGAUUUAACAGGAUGCUUGUGUUUGGUUUUUUUUCUUGGUUGUCUGGGUUGCCUGUAGUUUUGGCUUUGUAAAUUGUAGUAUCUUUGUGCAGCUGCAAUUGCUGUUUUUGUUUAACUUUAAUUUUUUUUUUUAUUUUUUUCUUUUCUUUUCUUUUGCGUUGUUCUUCACUUCUUUGUGUUAGAAGAUUUGAGUAGAGAAAUUAUUCAAGGUUUUAU